UCAAAAUUAAACUUCUGGUCACACUUGUUUUAACUCUUUCAAUGUGUUUUCGUUAAAUUCUGCAAUAUUAUGUGCAACUUUUAUUGUAAACGUACUAUAUUGUUUAUAAAAUAGUGACAAACUUGAUUCUCCAGUAAGUGCAAGUGACUAUAUUAGACGUUAAAGUGUCCUAGAAAGUGUAUGCCAUCGAGAUGACAAAGAACAUUGAUCAAAUCAGAGAGACGCAACAAGAUUCUCUGCUAUUGUAAAGCUGCUUUUGCAUGCUGAGUUGAUAUGAAUUGCCUUUUUGUUGUUUGCAAACGAAUUGGCAAAGUGACAUAAAAUUGUAAAUCGGCAAUGCAACAAUUAAAACAAAAAACGUAUAUAAACACUCAUAUAUGCAUAUGUACAAAAUAAUGCAGACACAUACACGAACAUGUGUAGAAGCGCCAGCUAAUCUAUUGUAAAUAAACCGCAUACGAGUCUAUUGUGAAUGCCUACUGUUGUCGGUCACGUACGCCUUCGUUUGUUAUUGCAUUUGUGUAUUUCUGCGCUCCCAACUAUAUUGCGAAUUUGUUGAAUUCACUUAUUGAUAUCAGCUCACAAGCCCUGCGCCAUGAACAUUAUUGCAGACAACUACUAAAUAUAAAGUUACAGAUCGAGAUCAACAAUAACAGCAGCAACAGAAUAACGAUAACACCAAGCUGAUCAAGCUAUAGGACAGAAAAUGUCUGAUAUACCACGGAUUAUGGUAUUCCGUCCCACAUGGGAGGAGUUCAAAGACUUUCCUAAAUAUAUUGCCUAUAUGGAAUCACAGGGGGCACACAAGGCCGGCUUGGCCAAGGUUGUGCCGCCAGCCGAGUGGGUGCCACGACGCAGUGGCUAUGCAGACUUGGAUGCACUGAAUGUAACCAUACCGGCUCCUAUCUGUCAGGUGGUAACCGGCAAACAGGGCUAUUACCAACAGAUCAAUAUACAAAAGAAGCCGCUGACGGUGAAACAGUUUAGCGAACUGGCCAGCACAGAGCGUUAUGCGACGCCCAAGCAUUUUGAUUUCGAGGAUCUGGAGCGAAAGUACUGGAAGAACAUAACCUAUGUGGCGCCCAUCUAUGGGGCGGAUGUUAGCGGCAGUAUUACAGAUCCCGAUCAGGAUAGCUGGAACAUAAAUCGUUUGGGCAGCAUUCUGGACUUUGUCAAUAAGGACUACAACAUUCAGAUUGAUGGUGUCAACACCGCGUAUUUGUACUUUGGCAUGUGGAAGACCACAUUCGCCUGGCACACUGAGGAUAUGGACUUGUAUUCGAUAAACUAUCUGCACUUUGGUGCACCCAAAACGUGGUACGUUGUGCCACCAGAGUAUGGACGACGCCUGGAGAAGGUGGCCAAUCAGUAUUUUCCGGCCAGUUAUAAGAACUGCAAUGCGUAUUUGCGGCAUAAAAUGACGCUCAUAUCGCCACAGAUACUCAAACAGCACAAUGUGCCCGUUAGUAAGAUCACACAAGAAUCGGGCGAGAUUAUGAUAACGUUUCCCUUUGGCUACCAUGCUGGCUUCAAUCACGGCUUCAAUUGCGCCGAAUCGACAAAUUUCGCCAUGGAGCGAUGGAUCGAGUAUGGGAAGCGUGCCACGCAAUGUACCUGCAGCAAUGACAUGGUCAAGAUCUCGAUGGAUACAUUCGUGAAGCGCUUCCAAGAGGAGCGUUACGAGGCGUGGCUCGAGGGUCGUGAUUACGGCCGUCAUCCGGAGGAUCCGCCCAAUGCUGCGGAAUCUGUGGCACCGCUACCUCCUCACCUCGACGUGCUGCUGUGUGAUAAGAAAAUGAAGAAGCAAUGCAAUCCCACCAAGGCGAAGAGUUUUAAGGAACGAAAUCCCGAUUUGGAUUUGGAUGAAAUCCAACAAAAUCCAAAUGUGCCCGACGAUGUCAAGGCCAUGCUGAAAGAGAGUGUGCUCACACUUCAUGAGGAGGAGGGUGAUUACUCGCCGGAGGAUGCGAUGAGCUUACAGAGCCCCGCUGACUUCAAGACGAAACAAGAGCUGCUUGAAUAUAUAGACGAUGGCACUGAGGAUGACGACGAAGAGGAGGACUUCAAGCGACGCAAGCAAAAGCGCAAAUACGACGCGGAUUACGAUGAUGAUUGGCUGGCGAGCAAGCGCCGUACAAACUCACGCAACAGUGGUCGCGGUCGCAGUCCGCGUGUCAAUAAAGAUGAUCGUUCCAUAUCGCCAGCAUCCUCCACAUCCACGUCCUCCACAUCACGGGGCGGCGGUGGUCGAGGCGGUGGUGCGCGCUCUAAAGCGAAUACCACGCCACGAAAGACGCCAACGCGUCGAAAAAAAGAUACAGCAGCAUCAACAGCAAGCAGCACCAGCAGUAGUAAUACAACAGCAGCAGCAGUAGCGGCAACAAUUGCAACUGCUGACUUAGCAACUGCAGCAGUAGCAGCAGCAGCCAUUGUCGUUGACAACAACAUCAACAGCAGUGCCGACAGCGGCAGCGGCGUAGGCGUUGGCGUUGGCGGAGAUGCCAAACGCAGAAUCAAUGAACAACAGCAACUACAGUUCAUGCAACAAGCACGAAAAUUUGAAGGCAAAAUACCAAAGCUAAGUCAGCAUCAGCAACAGCAUUCACAGCGACAGCAACAGCAAAAGCGAGAGCCCACAACAUCUAGUCAUCAGCAGCAACAGAAAAUUGUUAAGAUCAAAAUGUUGCCAGCAGCCAAUACACUGAACGGAAUUCCGCAGCAGCAGCAGCAACAACAAUACACCAGCACAGACGGCAACGUCUAUCAGCUGCAAAAUGAAAUACUCUGUGAUGCAAAUGGACAGCCGACAACAACAGCAACGGCCACAUAUCAAACGACAGCUGCUGCCGUUGCCAGCAGCAACAGCAGUCCACAGCACCAACAUCAGCAGCAGCAACAUGCCGACAAUGUGGUCACAACAAUUAGUUCGUCGUCCAUUCUGCACACGAACGCCAACACCAAUGGAUCAGCGGAAGUCCAGCAGCCCCAGUAUCACUACAUAACCACAACGGGCGAGGAUGGCCAGACGCCGACGACCAUAGUCUUUGAGAACUACAACGGUGGUCUGCCGCCGACGGCGGUUAGCGCUGCAGUAACGGCAACACCGGUGGUUAGCAAUGACAGUGGUGCAACGACGACGACGACAACAACAACGGCACUCGUCAAUACGGAUGGCACAAUCAUUGAGUUCGAUGGCAGCACCUAUGAGGAGUAUCAUGUGCUCAAGAGCGAGCCCGGCAGCAGCGAUUGCCUCAGCAAUGGCAGCAGUGCAGUAGCCGCUGACAUCAUCAAGUACGAGCCACAGCAUGUGGACGAUGAGGAGAUGAUGGAGGAGGACGAGGAGACUGCACUGCAGGUCAAAUACGAGGAGCAGAGUCUCGAGCAUGACCAUGAAUUUGAGGAAUACCAUGUGAUCAAGUCUGAGGUGGAAGCCGAGCAAGCCGAAGCGACAGGAACCACCUAUACAAUCACAGCCCUCGAGGACGCUCAGCAACACCAGCAGUCGCAGCAGCAGCAACAGCACCAAACCAUCAACGAUGCGCUGCCCAGCAUGAUGUCCAAGGCGGCGGCAGCGAAACAGAAGCGAAAACGCAAGACACGCGUCAUUGCCGAGGAUGAGCAGGGCGAGUAUCUGGAGAAGAUGAGUGUGCGUGGCCUGGACAUAGCUCGGUACGAGCACAUCAUCGAUGGCGUCGCCUACUGUCUGGUCUGUGCCAAGAACGACAUCUUCAAGACGUUCAAGAACAAGUACAGCUUCCAGCGACACGCGUAUCUCUUCCACGAGGGCCAAAACCGCAAGAUCUUCGCUUGUCCCAUCUGCAACAAGGAGUUCUCGCGGCCAGACAAAAUGAAAAUGCACAAAAAGGACAAGCACGGCGAUGUGCCGAUGCCGCCCUCGAAUGCUGCCACGCCUCAAAAAGCCGAUAUCACAGGCACUCCUGCUGCCAAGCGUCCUCGAACUUCGAGAACUCCUCGAGUCCGCAAGACGAAGGGCGGUGAUGCGGCCACGCCCAGCAGCACGCCAGCCAAGAAGCGAUUAGCGCAGAUUGACAGUGUGCUGGACGAGGUGCAAAACGCCGAAGUGGACCAACAGCAGCAGCAACAGCAGCAACAGGCAACAACAGUAGCACCAGUGCAGCAACACCAACAACAACAGCAGCAGCAACAGUUGCAGACGUUGCCCUCGCUGGACUUUAGCGGCAUGAUAUUGCCAGGCGGAGCACAGCUGGCGUUGGCCAAUCCCGGGGCCAGUAGCUCGAUGGCAUUGCAACGGGGUCAGGCGACACCAACGCAGACAGCACAGCCGACAACAACGACGCUCAUCUACUCGAAUCAACUGGAGCUGCAGCAGGCGCUGUUGCAGCAACAGUUGCACGGCCAAAGCAUUAUGAUACAGGACCAGGCGGGCAAUCUGGUGCCGCUGCAGCUGGAUGGCACACAGACGAUAUACACAACAGCAGCUGCGCCACAACGAACACAACCAGCGACCUAUCAGACAACAACGCAACAGCAACUGCAGCAGCAGCAGCAGCAGCAACAACAACAACAGCAGCAGCAGCAACAACAGGUGGCCACAAGUCAGGCGCAAUCGCAGCCCACGCAUUACGAGAUGGAUAACGUCACCUACUUGAGUUCCACAGCGGCUGCCACGCCCACAUUGCCCAACGAUCCGCAGCAGCAACAGCAGCAGCAACAACAACACGUCAUUGGCACCGUGCAAAGCUAUCAGAUACUUACACCCGACGGUCUGCAGAGCUUCCAGCCCAAGCUGGACUCAUCAGAACUGGGUGAUCUGUGUCCUUAUACAAUGAGUGCCACGGGUGCGCCUCAAUAUACAUUCACAACGCAUGCGAGUACACAGCCGACGUUGAAUGCGAAUGCACUCGAUGCGCAGACGCAACAGCAGCAGCACCAUCAGCAACACCAGCAUCAGCAGCAGCAGCAACAACAGCCGCAACAGCUGCUGCAACAGCAUCAGUUUGGCCACAACCCGCAUCAGCAGUUCAUGGAGCUGAAGAAUGAGUUGUUGAUCAAGGGCAGCGAUGCAUAUACGUUGGACGCCACCUCCAUGUACCACCUGCCCUUCUCGCCCACCUCGAUGAUCAAUGCGGUGAACGAUGUGAACACCUCGUCCCUGUUGGAGACCAAAGAAAUUAGCAAUGGCAACAACAGCAACGCCAACGCUACCACCACCUCCAAUAAUAACAACAACAAUAACAACAGCUCCGGCAACAGCAAUAAUGUCACCAACAACAACAACGUAAGCAGCAUCAGCAAUGGCAUCAAAACGACAAUCGGCAAAAAGACGCCGGUUAUAUUGCUGGCUGCACGUGCCGGAGGUGUUGGCAACAAAUCGCAGUUGCAGCAGCAUCCCUCGCUCAGCCUCAUCAAUGGCAGCCAGACGUCCACAUCGGGCAAAGCUGCUGUCACUUUGGUCCGCGUCAAUCCCAACGCCAAUCGCAGUCGCCAGGUGAUCAUCACACCAGACACGUCUAGCCUGCAACAACAACAACAGCAUCAGCAACAGCAACAACCACCGCAACAGCAGCUUAUAGAGGAGCCGGAGGAGGAGGAGGAAUUAAUCGACGAGGAUGUCUAUGAUGACGAUGGGGCUACUCUCAAUGCCGCCUUGUCCUCAUCGACAGCACAAAUCCUACGUAAAUUCCGCAUACCCAAAGGCACAGCACUGACGGCCAAGGCAGCUGACAGUUACCUGGCCAUGCCCACUCCUACGCCCUCUCCGCCAGGUGGAGUUGGAGUUCCUGCUACUGGCACUGUGUCGCUAGAUGCAGCUACCUAUGUGGACAACACAGACGAUAUCAUCGAAGAGCUCAACGAAGAUGAUCUCGUCGAGGAGGUGAUCGAUGAGGAGGGCGGCUGCGAGGAGCAGCAGGUGAUGUUGCAUCAUCAGACAGCUGGAGAUAGCGAUGGUCUCGAUCUCAGCAGCAGCAGCAACAGCAAUCACAACGCAGCAGCGACAGUGGCAGCCGUAACUCCAGCAGCAACCAACGCAGCAGCGACAUUGUUCCUGCAGCACCAACAACAGCAGCAGCAGCAGCAACAACAACCGGCAGCAUUGCAACUACAGACUGUGGGACCCAAUGGCACCGUGACCUGCUUCAAUUUGCCGCCAAACACAAUACUGGUGCAGUCAUCCGAUGGCAGCAUCAUCGCUCAUCCCAGCAAGGCUGGACAACAACAACUGAUUGUGCUGCCCGCCGAUUGGCCAACAACCAAUGUGGCACUCGCUGAGCCAACAGCAGCAGCUGCUCCACCACCACCAGCCCCGCAAGCCCCGCAAACGCAGACACUGCUGCUGACUGCCGAUGGCACUGCCAUUCCCAUAAUGGCGCCGCUGCAGCAGCAGCAACCGCAACAACAGCAACAGGCCGCAGCUGUUGCUGCUGCUGCGCAACUUUUUGCUGCGUAGGGUCUAAUGGGUGGCCAAAUGGGUCGAUUUUUGAAUAAUGCCACAAUAAUGCCAACCACAUAUUUCUUUUAGACUUAUUUGCCACAUUCAGUGAACAAUUGUUGCGCCUGCAGCAAGGCAACAUGUGGCACAGCAGGUCAGUUGCCUUGUUGCAGCUGCAACAGCAUCAAUUUUAAUACACAACUACAUUUCUAUACUUUGUCAUUUAAAUGCCUUUUUGAAUAAAUCAAAAAUCGACAUAUUUGGCCACCACAACAACAACAACAGCAACAAUAAAAUCAGCAGCAGCAUUGAUAAGAAAUUAAAUCAAAACGAGAAUGAAAUGAAAAUGAAGCCAAGUUAAACUUACAGAACACUCAAUUGCAAAGCGUGAAACUAUGCGAAACUGAUAUUACAGAAUACCAUAUUUAUUUUUCUAUACAUUAUAAUAAUAAUAAUAAUAAUAAUACAUAACAUACUCGUAUUUAUAUAAAUAUAUAUUGUCAACAAAAUCCUACGAAUAUAUACAAAUAUAUUUAUGUAUAUACACAUAUGACAGUAUACAGUCGGUAUACCAAUAACUUUUGUUUAUGUUCAUGUUGUGCGCAAAAUGCAAAAGAUACAAAAUGUUGUUCCACACAUACACACACUCACUUCUGUAAACCUAUUACAACAUUUGAUUAAAUUAUUUUUGUAAUAUUAAGUAGCCUAUGUUUAAGUGAAUGAAAAAAUCACACAACAACAAAAUGCGACACCAGAGCCCAGUUUCUUUUUUAAGCACAUAUUUUGCUAUACUGCAAAUAUCAGUGUUUAUCUUAAUCUAAUGUUAUAUACAUAAAGUCGAAGUCGAAGAUUACGAGAAGCAGACUAAGUUGUAUUAUUUAAAUAAACUAACCCCUAAUUUCUGCUUAACACUAAAUAUUAAUACUUAAAUACUAUUUAUCUAUGUGUAUCAGAAUAUGUAUACAUAUAUAUAGUUUCAUAAAUAUAUGUAUAUGUAUAAUUUGUUCCUUUUGCAGCUAUGUAACGUAUUUCAUUUCAAGUAUUUUCCCUUCACCUAUUUAUUUACUCUAUUUUCUUUAUUGUUGUUCAUUCGCAUUUCCUCCCUUAAUGUUGUAUAUUAUUUAAACACAAACUUACAAUAUAUGAAUAUAUAUAUAUAUUUUAUUUGCAAUUUUGUUAAGCCAUCCGUCAUUAAUGAUGAUUAAAGUUAUGUCCUAAGAAUUACAGCAUAGCACUGAACUAAGUUGUUAAAACUAAGAACACAACCAUAGUUAAAAGUUAAGUACAUAUUUUUUCAUAGCAAUGGAAAACUUCAAAACAAACAAGCAAACAAAAAUAAAAACUAAAGUUAUUAAUUUUAAUUUUAAGCCUAAAUAACUACUAAUAAUAAUGGAAGACAAUGAUUCACAGCAUAUUUAUUUCUAAGAUCAAAACAAACAGCAGACAACAAAAAUUAUUGUAAGAUAAAUAAAAUAAUUAGUCGUAAGAUGUAACGAAUAACGAAACUACAAGCAAAUAAGUAAGCAACAUGCGUAGAAUACUUUAUGUAUAAAAAAUCUAUAAAUAAUAUUACUAUAAAUAUAUAUUUAUUAUAAAUGACAGAAAAAUACAAUUUUAAAAAUUCAAAAGCAAAUAAAGAAUUAAAAUA